CCGCAAUAAACUUAAAGGUUUGAUUUGCGUAAAUCAAGUUGCUUGUUGUUUGGUUUACUUGUUAUGUGUAGAAAGUUUAUCUUUUACUUAAGUAAAAUACGUAGGUAUGCAGGACUAGACGUUGUCUUAGGAUUAUCAUAAAGAGCAGAUGCAUUUAUGCAUUCCAUUUGUUGACAUAAUAAAAGGUACCUAUAAUAAUAAAAUCUACUGAAACAAAUUUAACAAUUAAGUAGUUAUUCCGAAAUAAUGGAUCACGGCAAAGCUGAAAAACGAAAGGCACAUCCGAAGGAAAAAGCCAAUUUACUUUCUCUUAUAACUUUUUUCUACACCAGAAAACUUUUUGGCAAAGCUUUAAAAAAUGAUCUCCAGGAAAAAGACUUGUAUCGUGUGUUGGACAGUUGCAAUUCGAAGAUUCGAGGAGAUCAGGUCGAGUUGGCCUGGAAGAAAAUAAGCUCCGGAGGACAAAAACCCACUAUAGCGUUAUUAUUAUGGCACUGUUUCGGAAUACGUUACCUGAUUUACGGGCUGAUACAUGUAACAUGGAAAGUUAUGCACACAAUUGUGGAGCCGUAUUCAAUGAGCCAACUAAUAGGCUACUUUAAAGAGGGUCAAAAGGAAAUAAGCAGAAAUGAUGCGUAUUAUUACGGGUCAAUUUUGCUGGGAUUGAAUGCCGCUCAGUUUAUUUACGUUCACAAUUGGAUUUUAAUAAUGCAAACGCUCGCCAUACAAAUUCGAACUGGGCUGUCGUCGUUGAUUUACAGAAAAGCACUGAAACUCACUCCUUCGGCAAUGGCGAACAUCAAUUUCGGAAACAUUGUUACUUUAAUAACCAAAGACGUCCAAACGUUUCAACAAUCCGUUUGGAUAGUAAACGAUAUGUGGAUAAAUACCAUCCAGGCUCUAGUCACCUGUUGCUUGCUGUUUUUCAAAAUGGGCUACAUUGCUUUUAUUGGGAUUGCUUGCAUGAUUUUAUUAAUUCCAAUUCAAUUAUACAUAGGAAAGUUAAUAAGCAUAAUGAGGCUUACCGUCGGUGCCAAGACUGACGAAAGAUUGCAAGUAACUCAAGAAACCUUAUCGUCCAUUAAAAUUAUAAAAAUGUAUACUUGGGAAAAGUAUUUUCACGAUUUAGUUACGCUGGCAAGACAAAAUGAAGUCGACUCUAUGCUAAAAGGGUUUUACCUGAAGAUUGUCCUAGUGAUGGUCGGAGUACUCGGAUCAAAGGUCUCGUUUUAUGUUUUGAUCAGCUUAUAUGUAUGGUUGGGCGAAAACGCCUCCCCCGAGCUCAUAUUUUACAUCGUGGCCUGUUUUAAAGAUUUAAAAUGGUCAUUGGGUUAUUUGAUUCCGAGCAGUUUGGCAAGCGGUUCCGAGCUGUACGCCAGCGUGAAAAGAAUCAAUUUGGUCCUGCAGGCGGAAGAAAUCAAGAAAGCGGAAGGUUCCGGUUCCGAUGAAAUAACUUUAAAACCGAAAGUCGAGUUGAAAGGAGUUUCGGUAAAAAUCAGGGAUAUGCUCAUUCUCCAAGACGUAUCUUUGAGCUUGAGCGCAGGUUUAACUCUUGUUACAGGCAACGUUGGCUCUGGAAAGAGUUCCCUUGUAAAGACGAUUUUGCAGGAUUAUCCAAAAGACAGUGGCCACUUGGUGACUUACGGGAGGAUUUCGUACGCCUCGCAGGAUCCAUGGCUAUUCCCUUCUUCCGUCAAGCAAAACAUAUUAUUCGGGGAAAAGUUCAAUGCCGAGAGAUACGACGAGGUGAUAAAUGUUUGCGCUCUCAAAUUCGACCUGGAUUUGUUGGAGCACGGUGACGAAACCAUCGUGGCCGACAGAGGCAUAAACUUGAGCAAAGGGCAACAGGCCAGGAUUAAUCUGGCCAGGGCCGUCUACAGGCAAAGCGAAGUUUACCUGUUGGACGACUCGCUGACGGCUCUCGACGCACACGUUCAAGACUUUAUAUUCGCAAAAUGCAUAAAAGGCUUCCUGAAAGGCAAGUUGGUCGUUUUGGUAACGCAGAGUCAUCAUCAUUUGGUGGAAGCGGACACAGUGGUGAUUAUGAGCAAUGGCACGAUUAAAUCGACCGGCCAACCAACCAAACAAUUGAUACAACAGGUGGAGGAAGUUAUGGGCGAAGACGAUGAAAUCGACGAAGGCGAAAACGAUUACGAAGUCGUUCAAAACGAGGAAAUCGAGGUACCUGGCAAAGAUGCCGAACCUAACAAAACAGAGAAACACACUUUAAUCGAGGCAGAACAAACUGUCAAGAAAAAAGUAUACCACGAAGAAAAGAAGGAGGGCAGCGUGGAUUUUGGCAUUUAUAAAAAAUACAUUCAGUUUGGUGGAGGAUAUUUUGUUUUCCUCGGAAUUAUAGUUACAUUUUUUGCCGCACAAUACUCUGAAAGUUAUUCUGACAAACUUUUGAGCUCUUGGGUUGAUUAUACACCAAAAUUGUUGGUUUGUCAAGAACUUUUAAAUGUCAGCACCAAUGCAUCAGAGUGUGCCGGAUUGGAAAAGGAUAGUAAAUUUACUUUCAACUUGUUCAGCGUGAUGCUGAUAGUUUCAGUGGCAUUACAGCUGAUAAGGGCUUACUGGUUGUUAAAUUUUGCCAGGGUGGCUUCUUUUUGCAUACACAAAGCUAUGACACACUCCAUUAUAAAUGCGGUCAUGUAUUUUUUUGAUUCGCACUUUAUUGGCAAUAUCAUUAACAGAUUUUCGCAAGAUUUAAACAAUUUGGACGAACAGCUCCCCAGUGUGCUUCGCGAAUGCUUUCGGAUUGUGUUUGCAGUUGGGGGAAUCGUAUUUUUAUUGACAAUGAUAAACUGGAGAUUUUUGGUGGCAGCUAUAAUAUUAUUGUUAAUAUUAGUUGGACUAAGAAAACUGUACAUGCCACUGGGACGUAGUUUGAAAAGAUUGGAGGGAUCAACUCGAAGUCCACUAUUGGGCCAUUUAAACGCAUCAUUGGAAGGUCUUACAACCAUAAGGGCUUUUAAGCAGCAAUUGAUUUUAAAAGACGAAUUUGAUCGUCAUCAGGAUCUCUUCACGUCAGCUCAUUACACUUUACUUUGUUCAAGUCGAGCAUUAGGUUUCACUAUAGACUUUUUGUGUACCUGUUUGAUUACAAUGGUUGUAUCCAGAUUUAUGUUCUUCAAUUCCGGGGAAAGUGCCGGCAAAGUGGGAUUAGCCAUUACCCAGGUGUUUAUGUUGGCCGGCCAGGUCCAAUGGGGCGUGCGGCAAUGGGCCGAGCUGGAAAACCAGAUGACGUCGAUGGAACGCGUCAUGGAAUACACGGAAAUUAAGGCGGAAAACGCGUCUGGCCAAUCGCCGCAAGACUGGCCCAAACACGGAGCGGUACAAUUCAAAAAGGUUUCUCUGAAAUAUUUCAACACGCACGAGGCGGUCUUAAAGGGUCUGAGUAUAGAGGUGAAAGCGGGGGAGAAGAUCGGGAUCGUGGGCCGCACGGGGGCCGGAAAAUCUUCCAUUAUUUCGACCCUGUUCAGGUUGUACGACAUCGACGGCUCCAUCGACAUCGAUGGGGUGGACACGAAAACGGUCUCGCUGUCGGUGCUUAGAAAAAGCAUCGCCAUCAUUCCCCAGGAUCCGGUUUUGUUUACGGGCACCAUGAGAUCCAACAUCGACCCGCUAAACAUCUACGAAGACGAGCAAAUAUGGGAGGCGAUCGGAAAAGUUAAAAUUAAGGCUAUGAUUCCGAGCCUCGAUAUGCCGAUCAAAGAGAGCGGAACGAACUUCAGUUCCGGACAGCGGCAGCUCGUUUGUCUGGCCAGAGCGAUAAUUAGGAAAAAUAAAAUUGUCGUUUUGGAUGAGGCUACUGCAAACAUGGACCCAGAAACGGACGCCUUGUUGCAAAACACCAUCAAGGAGAAUUUUAAAAAUUGCACCGUAUUCACUAUUGCUCACAGAUUGCACUCGAUUAUUGAAUGCGACAAGGUCUUGGUUCUCGACAGGGGAAACGUGCUCGAAUACGAUCAUCCGAAAACAUUACUGAAAAACAGAGAGGGCUCCUUCUCCAAAAUGGUGCAGCAGUCCGGUUUACAUUUGGACGUAAAGAAAAACGAAUAAUUUCAUAAUUGACUAAUUUACGUAUUUAUUUGUCUAAACCUAAAAUGUAUUUAUUAUUUUAAUAAACAAUAAAAUAAAAUUGA